AUGACUCGUCGCUGUCCAUGGAAGAAGGGACGGCCGGCCGCCACGCCGCCUCCGCCGUCGUCGUUCGUCCGAGCCGAGCACGAGUUCCGCAUCGUGGGUUACAGCACGGCCAGCGAGAAUCACUACUCCAUCCUCUCCGGCGCCUUCCAGAUCGGCGGCCACACCUGGGCCCUCGACUGCGGCUUCAACAUGGGAGAGCACCUCGUCAUCGUCUUCCUCGAACUGCUCACGCCCUACAUCGCCGAGGAUCUCGUCGUCGCAAAGGCCGGCCUCAGGAUCGAGGACCCCCUCGGCCGGUUCCCGGCCAUCGAGUGGCGCAGCGAGGAACCGCACACGUUCACGACCGGCAGCAGGAGCUGGAAGUUGUCAGUGCCGGACGAGUUCCAUGGCAAUGAGAGCCGCUACGUGCAGCACGACCGGCUCACCAUCCUCUGCACCGUGGAGGUCCUCCAGGAGGAGCACGACUCUACCAUUGCUGACGAUAUCCGUAAGCUUCUUUUACUUCCGUCGGAGCCGGAGCCAAAGUCAGAGUCCGAGAGGAGGAGGCACGCAUGCAUGUUGCCCGACGUGACCUUCAUCGUGGAGCAGACCGAGAUCCCGGCGCACAGGCUCGUGCUGGCCCUGCGGUCGCCGGUGUUCGCCGCCGAGCUCCUCGGCGAAAUGAGAGAGAGCACCGCGCGCCGUGUCAGGGUCGACGACAUGCGCGCGUCCACCUUCAGGGCCAUGAUCCGCUUCAUCUACACCGACGAGCUGCCCAUCAAAGCAAUCACAUACGAUGCAAGCCAGCGUGCUUGCAAAGACAAGUGUGCAGCGAAGCGCCACGUGGCCAUGGCGUGCGACCUGCUCGUGGCCGCGGAUCGCUACGACCUCGAGAAGCUCCGGCUCAUGUGCGAAGAGGUACUGUAUGAAAGCAUGGAUGCCGCUUCUGUCCUGCCGACUCUGUUGGUGGCGCAUGGCCGGUACAACUGUCGACAACUCGAGGCCUCUUGCAUCGAUUACCUCGCGUCCGAUGCGGACGUGUACGCCUUCGUCAUAGCAACAGAUGAGUACAUGAAGCUAGAAGAGAGCUGCAACUCCUUGGUAGUAGAGGUCAUGAACAAAGUCGCCACACAAAAAUUAGCCGACAGCUCCUCCUCCUUCGACACCGCUAGAAACCCCAGACGGACAAAGAAGAUGAGUGUUUCGACGUAUGAUGCGUCCAAGGUGGUCAGCGGCACACACGAGAUGAGGAUUCCCAGCUUUGUUGCUCUUUAUCGGAAAAAAAGAAGGACCUAUGGUGUUGGUAGAGAAAUACAGUCCAACACUUUCGAGAUCGAUGGUUAUGACUGGAAGCUGGUGGUAGACCCAGCCGGGAAGAAUCCGGAAAAUGAAGAGUGUGUCUAUGUGGCCGCUGAGUUGUUAACUGAUCCAGGAACUGCUGGUGUUAGGGCGUCGGUAUGUUUCUGGAUGGAUGACCCUAAUGGGCAAGACGAGCCAACAGAAAAAGACUAUGAGCAACACAUAUUUACAAGGUACGCACAGUCAUAUGGGAAUGAUGUCAUCGCCACCAAGGACGCAGAGCAGCGUUUCCUAGCGCAUGAUGGCUCUCUAACCAUACGAUGCAGCAUCAUAGUCACCAACAACUCCUGCAUUGCUACUGGCACCCCCACAGCUUGUGGUGCCGGAGCAACGCCGCCCAGCAUUGAUUGGCACCUCAAGGAGCUACUAGCGAGCGAGAAGGGGUCGGAUGUGACAUUCCUUGUCGAAAACAGAGAGAUUCGAGCGCACAAGCUCCUCAUUGCUGUGAGGUCUCCCAUCCUAUACGAGAUGGUUGUGGGGGUGGCCAACAAGGCAGACCACUUUGUACCGGUCGACGAUAUGAAGGUUGCGGUCUUUGAGGCCAUGCUGCACUUCAUCUACACCGGCGAGCUGCCACCUAUGGAACACUUAGCCCUUGCCACCAGUACUGGCACCAAGGAUAUAUCCUUUGCUAUGAAAGAAAUAACCCUUGCUAGUAAUAUAAUGACUGCGGCAUGCAGGUUCAGUCUUGACAAGAUGAAGGCCAAGUGCGUGACCUUGCUAGCGGGGUCCAUCAAGAAAGAGAACGCAGAGAGCAUGCUCACACUGGCACGUCAGCACAGCUGCUCAAAGCUAGAGGAUUACUGCGCCCAGUUUCUCUUAUCGUGA